AUUUAUAAACCACACCUGCACCAAGUUUUCCUGUAUUCUUCCCAUUUCCAAACUCAAAAGUCAAAAUAUCCAGUCAGUAGACAGUGGAGCAGAGAAGGCGAGGGUUUCUGACACAUUUUCCCUAAUCUCUUUUUUUCUUCCCAAAUUCUUCGAAAUUUCUUUUGUUUCCAUCAUCUAGUGAACUGAAUUGGAAUGGGGAUCGAGCGAUUUUAUCUUUGGUUUCCAGUUUAAUGGCGAGUUGUCGUCGAAGAAAAUCCGAAGCGGGUGCAGGAAUGGAUGCAAUAAGUGAACUGCCAGCAGAAGUGAAGGAAAGGAUUUUGGAGUGCUUGCCUACUCGAGACGCGGCCAGAACUGCUCUGCUCUCGACUCACUGGAACGAUGUUUGGUUGCGGCAUGGGCAGCUUGUAUUUGAUAAGGACUUCUUCGAAUGCUUCUCAAAGUACGAAGGUGAGAAAGGUAUGGCUCAGAUUAGCACAAUAAAUGAUAUUCUCAUGCUCCGUGGACCCGUUAAGAAAUUUACUUUACACAUUCGGCACGCAUCGGAUCCUAAGCCCCAGCAAUCUGAUUUAGAUAGGUGGUGUCGUCUUCUUUCCAGAAAUGGUCUACAGGAACUUAGCUUGUUUAUUUCGGAUAAUCAUCAGCUGCCAUCUUGUAUAUUUUCCUGCCGGACAGUUAAGCAACUGUUUCUGGGUGAUUUAAUUUUUGAUUUGUCGAUCCCUGGUUGUAUAUUUCCCAGCGCCACUUCAUUAGCUUUCAAGCAUGCUGAAUUUAGUGAUAAUGUUAAGGGAAUUGUGUACAGAAUUCCUAAUCUUGAGGAGCUGUCUUUCAGUCGUUGUAAAGGGAUCACUAAUUUUGAGAUCAUCAGUCCAAAACUUGAAAGCUUGAGGGUUAUCGGUUCUCUGUGUUGGGAGCUUGAUGAUUCCAGGUGGUUUACCCUGUAUUUGAGAACAAUUAAGGCUCUUUGCUUGAGUGCCAAUUUGUUGCCUUGUAAAAAUGCAGGAAUAGCCACAACGACAUUCCCGACCGCAAUAAAUUUGCGAGUGAUUGAGCUGUAUGAGUUAAGUUUUUCAUGUGGAGAGAAGCUUGCCUUUGUUUUGCAGUUGCUUCAACAUUCCCCCAACCUAUGUGAGCUGAAGAUGACUGCAUCAGAUAAUCAGUGUAUGUGUGAAAUUACAACGGGUACAAGACUUUUGGAUGAUCCAAACAGUUGCAUUUUAAAGCAGGAUCUGAAGAUUCUUAACACAGUCAUGAUUGAAGGGUUUAGUGGAUCUAUACCCGAAAAGCUUUUUGUGAAAGUGUUGCUCUUGAAAUCCCCUGCACUAGAGAGAUUUUUAAUUAUGGAAUAUGCUGAUAUUGAUACCUCCGAAGCUGUCAAAAGUCUAAGGGAAUUAUUGCAUUUUCCUCGUGCAUCUCUGAAAGCCCGGAUUGUUUGCGUGGAACACGACGACACCGUGUCCGGACUAUUUAAUUACAUAUGGUUUUAACCUUGUAGGAAUUUAGUAUGAUGAAGUUCCAUGGGUCAGUUUGGAUGCAACAUAGAUUUGUAAGGUCAUGUUUGGGGUGGAAGUUGAAAUAUUAAUCUUGUAAGAUAAGGAUGGUACCUUGUUUCCUAUAUUGUUCGGUAAGUAUUAUGUUGUAAAGUAUUUUGAAUCUGUCUCGACAACUCAGUUGGUACUUAAGUCGUGGUAGAUUAAAGGCUAUGAUGGACCUAACUUUUAUUGAGGGUGAA